AUGGUCUCGCGCACGCUCGCCCCGUGGCGGCAGCUCAUGCUCCUCGCUCUGCUGCCGCACCUGUUCCUCAGCGCCACCGUCGUCGUCGCGAGGCAGCGGCAGUGCCUGUGGCCGGGCCAGGCGUCCGACGACGCUGGGUGUCUGAGCUGGCGCGUCAUGGUGGAGGCCAACAACGCCCGCGGGUGGAGCACGGUGCCCGCGCAGUGCGUCGGGUACGUCAACGGGUACAUGACCCGGGGUCAGUACCAGCGGGACCUGGCCAACGUCAUGGACCAGGCGUCCGCCUACGCCGAUGAGAUCGCCGACGACGCCGACGGCCUCGACGCCUGGGUGUUCGACAUCGACGACACCUGCCUCUCCAACCUGCUCUACUACGAGGCCAAGCAGUUCGGGGCGUACGACCCGUUGGCGUUCAAGGCUUGGGCGAGCAGGGAGGCGUGCCCGGGGAUACAUCCGGUGCUUGGGCUGUUCACGACGCUGCUGGACAAGGGCUUCAAGGUCUUCCUCCUCUCCGGGAGGGACGAGGAGACCCUGGGCUCGUGCACGGCAGCCAACUUGGAAGCAGAAGGGUUCUCCGGGUACGAGAGGCUCAUCAUGAGGACUCCGGAGUACCGAGGGCAGAGUUCGUCGAUCUUCAAGUCGGCGAUUAGGAGGCAGCUCGUGGACGAAGGCUACAGGAUCCGCGGCAACGUCGGGGACCAGUGGAGCGACCUGCAGGGCGACAGUGUCGGCGACCGCGUGUUCAAGAUACCCAACCCCAUGUACUUUGUCCCCUGA